GAGCGACGGCGACCGACCUGCAGGAACCGCAACAAAUUAAGCACUGACCGUCUGGAUUUAUAGGCUCUGUGACGGACUGCGAUGAGACCCUGUACGAUGGAUUAGGAAAAUAAUUGACAAUCGCCUAGUGGGUUUCGAAAGUUGUGUUUGUAGCCUACGGAGAGAGAUCAGCACGACAGUCGAGAUUGGGGACAAGGGAAUAGGCGCCUAAACGAGCCCUUUGUGGAUACUCCUCGCCGAUGCAACCGCAGACAGGGGUUGUCAUGGGCAUUAUUCAUUCGCUGCCACUUGCAGUCUGCGCCGUGUUGUCGGCGUGUUAGAUAUAUCCGGAGUGGGGCAGGCAGCCGUCCACCUGCGAUUAGGCAUAAACUCUCCUGGUUAUUUUGUAGCCGUGCCGGACGGACCGGGCUUAUAUUACCACGUAGCCUGUUUACGUGCUAUCUGAAAAUAAAAUGCCCGGACGGAACAGGUACAAUCUGGUGGACGAUGUGGCUGACUCCCGGGUCCCUCUCCACAACGAAGAGGCUUUUCAGCACGGGAUUCACUUCCAAGCCAAGUAUGUUGGCAGUCUGGAUGUGCCAAGGCCCAACAGUCGCAUGGAGAUUGUUGCAGCAAUGAGAAGGAUCCGAUACGAGUUCAAGGCCAAGAACAUCAAGAAGAAAAAGGUGAGCAUCGUGGUGUCUGUAGACGGAGUCAAGGUGGUGCAGCGCAAGAAACAGAAGAGGAAAGAAUGGACAUGGGACGAGAGCAAGAUGCUGGUGAUGCAUGACCCCAUCUACAGGAUAUUCUAUGUAUCCCAUGAUUCUCAGGAUCUGAAGAUCUUCAGCUACAUCGCUCGAGACGGCUCCAACAACUCCUUCAGAUGCAACGUCUUCAAGUCCAAGAAGAAGACGCAGGCCAUGCGUAUCGUGCGUACGGUGGGCCAGGCGUUUGAGGUGUGUCAUAAGCUCAGCCUGCAGCACGCCGAGCAGAACGCAGACGGAGACCCAGAUGGACACCCAGACGGCCCAGCGGACGGAGAGAGUGACAAGUCCACCGAGGACAACAACAACACCACCAUCCAGAGUCGGCAGCUAACGGGGGCGGAGUCGGAAGAGGAUGGAGGCAGGACUGAGCGUCGACCUCCGGAAACGUCUCUGAGCGAACAGGCGGUGACUGACAUCCUCCAGAGCCUAUCAGAGCUCAAUGUGGUCAAGUCUGGACAAACCCUGCAGGACCUAGAGGGUGUAUCGCUGUACACCAUGUCCCCCAGCAUCCUGUCCCCCAGCGCUUUGACCCCUAGUGGCCCCUGCUCUCCGACCCUCACCCCGCUGGCCACUCAGCACUUCCUGCAGCUGCUGCAGCAACAACUACUACAGCAACAGCAGCAAACACAGGUGGCCGUCGCACAGGUCCAGCUCCUGAAGGACCAGCUGUCAGCGGAGACAGCAGCCCGGAUGGAGACCCAGGCCCGAGUCCACCAGCUGCUCCUGCAGAACCGGGACCUGCUGCAGCACGUAGCCCUACUGGUCAAGCAGAUCACCCGGCUGGAGGGCAAAACCAGCAACGGAUCUGCUCACCCUGAGGACUUUGCGUGGCAUCCCCCCUCCUCUCGCUCCCUCUCCCUGAACCUGAAGAAUCACUACAGCUCCUCUCACGACCUGCCCCUCACCUCCACUCCCGCAGGGGGCGCCGAGUCCACCCCUACGCCCCUCUCACAGGUGGACUAUGCCGAGUCCUACCUCAGCCUGCUCAACCUAGGUGGGACUAAUGGCCUCCCAACCAAUGGGAAGGCAGAGAGGACUGACAGCAGGAAUGGCACGGACACGCCCCGUGAGGAGAUUGGUCAGCUUGUGAGCAGGAACUCUUUGUCAUUGGAUGAGCGGUUUAAGCAAAUCAUUCCCAAGUUGGAUCCCCCUCCCCAGCCAAUCAACAGAAAGCGUUCAAUCAGGACGCUCUCUCCUGGUUCGGAGGCGGACCCUAAACCCUCUUCCACGCCCCUGGCCACACCCACUCCCACCGUGUCCAAUGGGAGCGGCUUCCCUGACCUGUGCUGCAGCUCGUCCUUCCCAGACGCCACGUCCUGCUCCGUCUCCCCCGGGGGCGAUUUCUACUCGCUGACCAAUGGCGACGCGGUGAGCGCGUCCCUCUCGUGCUCGUGUUCGGCCAGCGAGGACUCGGGCGUGCGCUCGGAGGAGAAGUCCCUGGUGUCGCCGCCACCGACGCUGCCAGGAGAGGACCCGUUUGAGGACCGCGUCUCCACCUUCCUGUCAGCGUCCAGCACGUGCAGCAGCCUCCCCGAGGACAGGGUCCCCGUCGCUGCGGAGACGGUUACCGUGACGCCGCCCCGCCCGGCGACCCCACACAGUUACGGCCACACGCUCCCGUUCUCGUCGCCGCUCAACGACACCUGCCUCCACAUCAGCCUGAGCGAAGACGAGCUGCUGGAGUCCACCGCCUGAGAGAAGCCCAGCCGCAGCUCACCGCGCUGGGCAGGGCCUCUACUCUGGCCCCAGGCUUCACCUGAGGCCUACUGGAGCCUUCAGUCCAGUUCCGUCCAGUGCGCUACUGCUCAGCAUCAAUAGCAGUCUUCCAUCUCUUUACUUUUUAUUUCCUAAUCUUUUAUUUUCCUCUCCGAAGUCGCUGUGGUUUCCGAGUCGACUCAAGUGCUUCCAGGUCUGGAAGGGAGGCCCUGGGAUGUGGUUUUCUCUGGAUGAACCAGUUUAUGGGGGUCUGGAGACGACGUCUGCGGUUUCUCCUGAGAGCGAGCCAGUUCUCGGACAUUUCUAAACCAGAGACUGACUCUGUGAGAAUGCCAAUGGGACAGAUAUUUUUUUAUAUGAAAAAGAAACUGUUCACAGAAAACAAUGAAGAAGAAAUAUGAAAUAUGAUUGAAUGACUAGAUGCUGUAUUUUUGUAUAGAGGAGAUGGGGUAUUAGAUUUGAUCCUGUUGUAGCUGCUGUAGUGUGUGUUUAGUGUGUAGGGAGGUACUGCAUCAUCAGUAGUAAUGAACACACACACACACACACACACACACACUGUGAUUUUUAAGUAGUGGCAGGGAAGGCACACACACACUUUCUUUACACUGCAGUAGACAUCAGAGAGAUAGUAACCUACUGAAGACUGUAGUUUUAAUUUGUAGAUUUGAUGAUUGUUUUGUUUACUGUUGUUGUUUACAUGUUGGUUUGUUGAUGGGUUGAGACGGGUACGAGCAGAGCCACUCAUACACACACACACUACUCCUCCGGACUGAGGGCGAUAAGAAGACGAGAGAAACAAGCAGGUUGAAGAUAAAAAGGCAAAAGAAAGUGUCAGAGAAGUGGUGUGUGUGUGUGUGUGCGUGUGUGUGCGUGUGCGUGUGUGUGUGGGG